UUGAGGGUUGUGCAGGAGGAACCCGGAGCUGUCAGGGCGGGCGUCCUGCUCGGUGCCCGCCACCCCGCGCGCCGCCCGCGCUAUGGCCGCCCCGCCGCAGCUGCGGGCUCUGCUCCUUGCUAUCAACGCACUGUUGCGCAAGCGCCGCUACCACGCAGCGUUGUCUAUGCUUAAGGGCUUCCGGAACGGGGCUGUCUAUGGAGCCAAAGUCCGGGCCCCUCACGCACUGGUCAUGACCUUUCUCUUCCGGAGUGGCAGCCUCCGGGAGAAGCUGUGGGCUGUCCUGCAGGCCACGUACACUCACUCCUGGAACCUGGCCAGCUUUGUGUUCACUUACAAGGGACUCUGCGCCCUGCAGUCCCACCUCCAGGGCGAGACCUACCAGGUGCACUCAUUCGUGGCUGCCUUUCUUGGGGGCAUCCUGGUGUUUGGAAACAACAAUAACAUCAACAGCCAGAUCAACAUGUACCUGAUGUCACGCCUCCUGUUUGCCCUGUGCCGCCUGGGCGUGGGGAAGGGCUACAUCCCUGAGCCCAGGUGGGACCCGUUCCCGUUGUUCACCGGGCUACUGUGGGGGCUGGUGCUGUGGCUCUUCGAGUACCACCGGCCCACGCUGCAGCCCUCUCUGCAGUCCUCCAUGACCUACCUGUACGAGGACAGCAACGUGUGGCACGACCUCUCGGACUUCCUCAUCUACAGCAAGAGGCGCCCCUCCGAGUAACUUGGCCCCAAGGUGCUCAUGGAGGCUCCCGCACCCAAGUCACCAUCAGCGGGCUCAGCUCGAGGUUGGCUCCAUCAGCGAAUCAUCCCAGGGGAUCUGGCCUUUUCAAGACCCGGGGUCUCAGACUCUAACUUUUAUUAGCCCGGGGUUCCGUUUGCCUAAGCGAAAGCACUGAUUUUCAGACCCCAUUAGGUACUCUUGAAUGGUGGAACGAGCCGCCAGAGCAGGCUGAGGAGCCUUGGGCGCGGUGACAGCUGUGCUGCUGACUCUGUGAGACCAGGGAAGGUCACACCCCACCCUGGGCCUCAGGGGUCAUCGCACUCAGAGGAGGGCACUGAAGUCUCUUUCUGGUGGGUAUGUUUUCCGACCGUUCUUCUGGAACAGAGGGCUCCUGGCUGGUGGGCAGUGGGUUGCCAAUGCGUUUUUAGAAAAUAUGCAGUUCCUCAUCUUAGGUGUUCUACUGGAGAAGCUCUAGCGUUUCCACUGUCCAAUAGAAACACGAUGUGAGUCAUAUACGUGAUUGAAAUUUUUUUAGUAGCCACAUUCCAGUGGUUAGGACUCCGAGCUUUCACUGCCGAGGGCACGGGUUCAAUCCCUGGUUGGGGAACUAAGAUCCCACAAGUCGUGGGGUGUGGCCAAAAAAAAAGUGGGGAGGCAAGAAGCAGGUGAGAUUAACCUUAAUCAUAUCUUUUAACCCAGUAUUUCUAAAAUAUUAUCAUUUUAACAUGUAAUAAAUGUAAAAGUUAUGAGAUA